AUGUCAGAUCUUGCAGCGGAACUAGGUUUUGAUCCAAGUUUAAAGAAAAAGAAGAUAAAGAAACCAGUUCCGGAGGAGGCUGUUGCUGCAGGUAAUGAUGGAGAUGACUUAUUUGCUGGUUUAAAGAAGAAGAAGAAGAAGUCUAAGGAUGUAUCGAAAGAUAAUGAAGAGGGAUUAGAUGUAGUUGAUGAGGUUUCUGAGGUUUUAGGGGAACUGAAGCUGAAGAAGAAGAAGAAGAAGACCAAGGACGUUUUUCUGGAUGAUUUUGACAAGGAGUUAGAGAAGGCAGGUGUUACUGUUGAAGAUUCUAUCAGUCAGGAGAAGAUGCAGCCUGUAGUGGAUGAUUCUGUUAUUCAAAGAGACAUUGGUUUACCAUACUACGAUUUACUUUCCAGGUUUUUCAAGAUUUUGAGGGCCAACAAUCCUGAGUUAGCCGGCGAUAGGUCGGGUCCCAAGUUUAGGAUUCCACCUCCAGUUUGUCAAAGAGAUGGUAAGAAAACUAUAUUUGCUAAUAUUCAAGAAAUCAGUGAGAAGCUACAGAGAUCACCUGAGCAUUUAAUUCAAUAUUUAUUUGCAGAAUUGGGUACCUCCGGUUCGGUUGAUGGUCAGAGGAGAUUGGUGAUCAAGGGUAAAUUCCAAUCUAAACAGAUGGAGAAUGUUUUAAGAAGGUAUAUUAUGGAGUAUGUGACUUGUAAGACUUGUAAGAGCAUCAACACUGAGUUGAAAAAGGAGCAAUCCAACAGAUUAUUCUUUUUGGUCUGCAAAAGUUGUGGUUCCACCAGAUCCGUCUCAUCCAUCAAAACCGGUUUCCAAGCUACCGUCAAAAGAAAAAGAGUUUAG